AUGACACCGGCUAGUGCACAGACUAAACCCGAUUUCUUUACUGCCUUUUACUUUCAGCAAUGGAAAAAUUGUGGUCUGCGAGAGGACUUCUACCUCCCAAAACCAAAUAACUACGUACCCUCUGAUUUCACACUUAAAACAGAAAUCAAGGAUGGCGAGACUGAUGAAGAUGUUUCUCCAAUACCACUGCGGCAUGAUCAGGGCUCGCGACUCUGGUUCAAAGCGGACAAAGAGCAUAGACUGCCCAAGGUCUUUGUUAACUUUAACCUCAUAAGGUAA